AUGUCUAUGAGCAAAGCUGGCAUUGAAAGGAACCACCGGGAGAGCCAAAAUACAGCCCAAGACAAGAGGGCUAUCAUGGCUGUCGACGUCAUAGUCUGGAGACUGAACCGCAAGGUCGGCCUGCACGGGGCAGUGUUUGAGAGGGCCAUCUUCCCCAUUGUCAAAAGAAAGAAGCCUGCUGUCUUGGUUCAUGAUGGAUUGUAA